GAAGCGGAUGAAAACAAACUGUGAGGAUGGCUGCGCCGGGAAGGGGCCGGCUGCUGGGCUUAAGGCAGGAGCGGUCGCCUGAACUCUGAGAGGCGGCGGGAGGAGUGCCAGUCGACGUGAGGGACACAGCGCGCGCAUUUCCGGGAGCGAAACGCCCGGGCCUGCGGGCCUGGAACCUGCCGUGACGUGAGGUAUCUCUGGGUGACCCGCGCUGUCACUGCAGCCCCGGAGCUCCCAGCCCUCAGUCAGGAGGCGCGGCCGGCCGGCCCCAGGCCCCGGCCUCCGUAAUGAGAGGCCCGAGCCCUUCUCUGUGCCGCAGCCUCGCAGGUGAGGGUGACUGUUGACUAGUGAAAAAAGGGACCCAAGGUUCACGACUGACUUUCUGGCAGUGGAACGACCUGUGGAAACCUGCGACCCAUUCUCAUUAAUUAAGUCUCUGGAUUAUUAUAGGAAAUGGAAACUGAUCUCAAUUCCCAGGACAGGAAGGACCUGGACAAGUUCAUUAAGUUUUUUGCCCUCAAGACUGUCCAAGUGAUUGUCCAGUCUCGACUUGGUGAGAAGAUUUGCACUCGUUCAUCUUCGUCUCCAACGGGUUCAGAUUGGUUCAAUUUAGCCAUCAAGGACAUCCCAGAGGUUACACAUGAAGCAAAGAAGGCACUGGCAGGGCAGCUGCCUGCUGUGGGGAGGUCUAUGUGUGUGGAGAUUUCACUCAAGACUUCUGAGGGAGAUUCCAUGGAAUUGGAGAUUUGGUGUCUUGAAAUGAAUGAAAAGUGUGAUAAGGAGAUCAAAGUUUCCUACACGGUAUACAACCGACUGUCUUUGCUGCUGAAGUCUCUCCUUGCUAUAACGAGGGUAACACCAGCCUAUAGACUCUCCAGGAAACAAGGGCAUGAAUAUGUCAUCCUAUACAGAAUAUAUUUUGGGGAAGUUCAGCUGAAUGGCUUAGGAGAAGGCUUCCAAACAGUUCGUGUUGGUACAGUGGGAACCCCUGUGGGCACCGUCACUCUUUCUUGUGCUUACAGAAUUAACCUGGCAUUCAUGUCUACCAGGCAAUUUGAGAGAACUCCACCUAUCAUGGGGAUAAUCAUUGAUCACUUUGUGGACCGUCCCUACUCGAGCGCCUCGCCCAUGCACCCCUGCAAUUACAGGACCGCUGGGGAGGACGGCAGCGGGACACACCCCUCCGUGGAAGACUCUCAGGAAGUGUGCACCACCUCCUUUUCCACCUCCCCGCCAACCCAGUGUGUGUUUACUGUCACAAAGGCACAUUUUCAGACCCCUACUCCUGUGGUGACGGACACCUUGCGGGUCCCCAUGGCAGGCCUGGCCUUUCCCCACCAACUCUCAAGCUCUCGCCUUUCCUAUCAGCCUGCUGCCCUGGGCGUUGGAUCAGCUGACCUGGCUUAUCCAGUAGUGUUUGCUGCUGGCCUAAAUGCUACCCACCCUCACCAGCCCACGGUUCCCGGGAAGGAAGGUGGUGGGCUGCCCUUUGCUCCUUCCAACCAGCCCGCCCACGGUGCCCAGGCUGACCAGGAGAGAUUGGCCACCUGCAUGCCUUCUGACGGGGCCCACUGUGUGGCCACACCUUCCAGCAGUGAGGACACAGAAACAGUGUCAAACAGCAGCGAGGGGCGACCCUCCCCCCAUGACGUCAUGGAGACCAUCUUUGUCCGGAAAGUGGGAGCGUUUGUCAACAAACCAAUCAACCAGGUGACCCUGACCAAUUUAGACAUCCCCUUUGCCAUGUUUGCUCCCAAGCAUUUGGAGCUGGAAGAUGCGGACCCAAUGGUGCAUCCCCCCACGUCCCCCGAGACGGGGUCUCCUCUCCAAGGCAGCCUGCACUCCGAGGGCUCCAGCGGGGGCAGCAGCGGUAACACCCACGACGACUUCGUGAUGAUCGACUUCAAACCAGCUUUUUCAAAAGACGACAUUCUCCCGAUGGACCUGGGGACCUUCUAUCGUGAAUUUCAGAACCCCCCUCAGCUGAGCAGCCUUUCCAUAGACAUUGGGGCGCAGUCCAUGGCCGAGGAUUUGGACUCACUACCAGAGAAGUUGGCAGUGCAUGAGAGGAACGUCCGAGAGUUUGAUGCCUUCGUAGAAACCCUGCAGUAAACGUUGGUGUCCGGAAUACCCUCAGCAUCCUCUGUUUUGUGGUCCCAGGGAGCAGAGUGGCCGCCUCAUCAGCUGCUCCCGCUCCCAGCUGGUGCACAGGGACAGAGUCCUGCUUCUGCCAUUCCUAGAGAGAGACUCCCUGGCUGCAGUCAAGGCCAGGCAUCACCCUCGCAGGGUCUGAAGGUGGAAAAAAUCCUGUAGCAAAGGGCCCCAGCGACAACCAAGGCUGCAUUCACCAUCGGCAGCCAGCCUCUUGCCUCUCCCCUGCCGAGAGCACCAACCACUGGACAUUCCCACUAGUGACCCAGAGCCUGGCGAGGAGGCAGAAAGAGGAAGGAGACGGGGAAGGAGGAAGGGGCCCUGUAGUCCCUGGGCAUUGACCCCUCUUGCUGUCCUCUUGCUCAGCCAGCCCGCCCCUGUUGCAGGGGAUGCCGCCCAGCCUCCUUGCAGGCUGCAAGCAGUGCUGGCGCCUGCCUGGGCCCAGCUCCCGACCGCCACAGUGAAAGCAGAACCCGCACCUAGAAUUCUGACCCUGUGCGCCACCACAGAGGUUCUUUGCCUCCACCUUGCUGCUCCUUGGUUGUAGAAACUAAAUAUUUAUUACUUUUCAAUAAGUCAGAUCUUUUCUAGAGAAACCAGUUAGCAGUUUUCCCUUGGGGAAGGUGGAGGGUCUCUCCCUGGAGCGGGACUUCCUCUCGCUGCCCCCAGGGGAAGAGCAGCUCCAGGGGCUGCUACUCUGGAACUGACAGCGAGCCAGCUGUACCUUGGACGCCUCUUGUCCUGUGGCGCCUCUCUCUUCACCGCUUCUGGCAGCCCCGGACGUCUUAGAGACUCCCUGAGAUGGCCCUGCGGCUCAGUGUGCUAGCUGAGCCGUGGAUCUUGCUGUUCUGCAGGGCCUGGCCGCUCACCCUCGAGCCCCAAGCUCCUCACACUGCCCUGGGCCCAUUGGUUGGAUUGGUUCCUGUUGAGAAACCAAAGCUGGGCCUCUGACUAACCUUUCAGCUGUUGUUACUUGAUGAAGUCAAGGGCCUAGCCUUGGCCACCUGCCAUCUGUCCCCCCUCACGGCCUAACUGGGGCACUGGGCCUGUCUCCUCCCUCUGGCCCGCCCCUGUUCUUGGGCAGCAACUGCCCUUCCAUGGCACAGGUGGCGCUCUCUCGACUGCUUGUUAGGAACCUGCAUGUGACAUGUGAUGCUGCUCCCACCUGUGGGGCUGACCUCCAGGUCGGCGGGGCUGAGCCAGGCCCAGCACAGGCGCUCUGCUGCGCAAAGAAACACCCCAGCUAUGCUGUCCGACUGCCCUAGGGCCAGAGCACUUCCUAACGUGGCCGUCCCUGGGCCUCCUAGACCAGCCCACAUUCACCCCGACAAGUUACUGAUGGCCCCCGCUCAGCUCUGAGGUCUUGCAUGGAAAGGCCUGUGCAGGCAACCGCCCUCUGACAGGAGCCCAGGGAAGCAGCAUCCUGACCCCAGCUGAGCCUGGUAGGAGCACAGACCAGGUCCUGCAGCAGCUGGGCCAGACACCUGUCCCCAGGUGGUAGCACCCCUUCUCCAGCCCACCCUGUUUGGAAAUACUGAGCUACCAUUUAAAAUGUAUUCCGAGAUCUCCAAUAAACAGUUUUAUUUCAGA